UCAACGAAAUUUCCACUCUCUUACAAAGAGCAUUGGAACUGAGAAGCUGCAUUCUCAAAUAUAGAAAUUGUGCCUUUCAUUAUGCAACAAUUUUGCAAUUUGAAUUGUGCCUCAUAUGAUAUGGGUGUGAUAUGGAAUUUCAAUAAGUAUUCAUACACAACAUGAAUAAACUCAAAUUUUUGUUGAGUGUGACUUGAUAAUUGAUAUGUGCGGAGCUUGGCUGUAGAACUCCAGAGAAUUGAUAUCGUGCAGCAAUAAAGAACUAGUGGCUUUUUUUACUUCUGAAUAAACUAUACAUUUAAUUGUUUCAAAUUCGCCUAUGUUUUUCUUUAGUUUACUCGACUUAGAUAUGGGUAAAACUCCAUUAUAUAUUAUAUAGGUUGUUACAAAACUAAAUUACUUGCGUUCCAAGCAAGUGUAAUGGAACCACAUGUCAAAUGCUCUUCAGUUUGUUCCCAUAAACAGAGAAACCAACAAAAUUAGCCGAAAAUGGGUCUGUCUUCUAAAAUAUAUCAUAUUAUUAAUGACUAUUAUUUGAGUUUCUUUACACUUAUCGCUGGACCUUUGUUUCAAUACAAUGUAACAUUUUUCGGUUCCUACUUAAAAUAUAUUGUCGAGUAGUAGUAAAAGUUAAAGAGACAAUUGAUGGCAGGGUUAAGAUUUUAGUGUAAACAUGGUAGGCAUCUAUGAAGCACGGACACCCCAAAUUUGACCCCGACACUGACACGGCGACACUGAUAAAAAUUUGAAAAAAGGAAUAAAUUAAACGUAAUCACAAGUGUCGGUGGAAGUGUCCGACACGGACAAGGACACGCCUGUUUUCAGAGGUGUCGGUACUACAUAGGUAGGCAUUAUCAAACAUUAUCUUUAUGACUGGCAUGGCCAGCAUUUAUGUUAUUCCUAAAUAUGUAGGAGAAUCAAACUGUUGGACGAGCAGUGGGGUCUUGUUGGUCGAGUUUAAUAACAUUUUGUACUGGAAACAUAUUAAGUAUUUAGUUCCAAUGUUUCUAGCUAUUUCCAUUUUGUGUGAUGGACAAUCAUUUUUGGUUCGUAAAUAUUGUAUAGGCAUGUGAAGAUACUUCUUCUGUCACUGUCAUUACUUAUAUGGUCCCGAGGUGAGCAGACAACUGAAAGAUAAGAAUAAUAAUGAAUGGAAACCAAGUAAAAAUUGGUCUUAUUUUGAUGGUAUAACUGCUUGGUGGUACGGUAAUUGGUAACCUAAUUAGGGCUAUCAUUGUUUGUAACUGUGUUGAUAUAUCUUUCUUUGAUUAUAAAGUAACUAUGUCGUGUAAUGUAACUCAUUCUUCACCUUCUGCUGCAUUUUGUUUUUGCUGAGACAGACAGGGAUCAAAAUUAUCAUAUUACAGCUUUUAGUUCUGCAGAUUAAUCGCCAAAUUCAGAUCCUCGUCAAAGAACCCGCGGGAUGUAAAUAUUGUAAGAACAACUACUUCACAUCUCAACCUUAAACAGAAACAUUUCUAUUGUCUAUUUUCUAUUUUACAACACUGCCAGAAUUUUUAUGUACAUAAUAGUAAUAAUAACUCUGUUAUCAAAUUGCGACCAUGGCGGCGCUAUGGCAGAUAUACAUGGCGGUUUUCGGGCUCACCGCAAUGGUAAAUAUAUGCCGAUAUUGCGUGUUUUUUCGUCAUAAUCUGCUAUAAUUUUGGCUCUCUGCCAUGGUCCCCCACUGCAAAACUGUAAUAAUUAGCCUCACAGUAGCCAUAAUAACCAUUGCAGACUUUUUAUGUUUUACAUGUAUUCCAUGAAGACUUUUUGUGUGGUUGUAAGAAUUGUUUUAAAACCACCGCUAGUAAUAUUUCAUUUUCUUUUUGAAUUGGUUGUUUCUCUAAAGUGUUGUGUUUUUAUUAAAAAUGAAAAAAAACAUUGUGAUUUUUUCCUGAAACUAACUUCUUUAUAUUAACAUGAAGACAACAACCUUUUGUAACUUCAACAAGCUGAACUUGAAGUUCCUUAUAUUAAUAAUAGACCAAAUGUGCUACCUUCUUCCAUAUGCAUUAGUAUUCUUUUACAUUUAUACAUUUACGGUGUUACCUACUACUUCUAUAUGCAUUAUCUUUACCUUUAUGAUGCUAUCUAUUUCGAUAUGCAGUAUCUUUUGCAUUAAUGGACAACAAUCCUUGAUAGUUCAUUUUGAACUACUUUUCAUCUAUACAUCUUAAUCCUUGAUAGUUCUUUAUAAUUUUCUUUUUCUAUGAAAAAAUGUGCUUAUAAAUUCCUUCAUCUAAGCAUUCUUCUUUAGUUCCUCAUAUCAUCAUGGAUCUUCACAACCAUUUCUCUUGUACCUUCAUAGCCACCUUUCUUUUCCUCUGGAUACUCAAAACAGUUAAAAAAUGGAGUACUCCUAAAAACUCCACCAAUUUACCACCAGGACCAAGAACACUACCCUUCAUAGGAAACAUACACCAAAUUAUCAGCAGUUCAAUGCCCCAUCACUGCUUGAAAAGUUUAGCAGAGAAGUAUGGACCCUUAAUGUACCUAAAACUAGGACAAGUACCAUACAUAAUAGUUACUUCACCAGAAAUAGCCAAAGAGGUUAUGAAAACACAAGACUUAAACUUUUGUGAUAGACCAAACCUUCUUUUGCCUACAAUACUUACUUACAAUGCUACAGAUAUCGCGUUCGCUCCAUAUGGAGAUUAUUGGAGGCAACUACGAAAAGUAUGCAUUGUAGAGCUAUUAAGUUCAAAACGUGUCCAAUCAUUCCGGUCCAUAAGAGAAGAAAUAGUUUCAAAACUAGUUAAAUCAAUAUCUGCACGUGAAGGAUCAAUUGUUAAUCUCACUGAGAAUAUAUUCUCAAUGACAUAUGAGAUAACAUCAAGAGCGGUUUUUGGAAAAAGGACCGAACACCAACAAGUGUUUAAAACUGCAAUGGAGGAAAUAGUGAGUUUGUUAGGAGGAUUUUGUAUUGCAGAUUUGUAUCCUUCUAUUAAAAUAUUGCUUCAGAGGGUGAGUAGGGGAAAGACUAGAUUUGAAAGACUUUGUAGAGAAACUGAUAGGAUAUUGCAAGACAUCAUCAAUGAUCACAAAAGCAAUCACAGAGAUAAAGAUCUAGUCGAUGUUCUUCUCAAGUUUCAACAGGAUAAUCACUUGACUGAUGACAACGUUAAAGCUGUCAUCCAGGACUUGUUCAGUGCUGGUAGCGAAACGUCCUCAGGUAUUGUUUUAUGGGCGAUGUCUGAAAUGGUAAAGAAUCCAAAGGUGAUGAAAGAAGCGCAAGCUGAGGUAAGAGGAGUAUUUGAUAGAAAGGGGUAUGUGGAUGAGACAGGAUUGCCCCGAUUAAUAUACUUGAAGUCUAUUAUCAAAGAAACACUGAGACUACACCCUGUUGUACCAUUGUUGAUUCCAAGAGAAAGUAGACAGAGAAGUCAAAUCAACGGAUAUGAGAUCCCGGCUAAAACAAGGGUUGCUGUCAACGUUUGGGCGAUUGGAAGAGAUCCAAGGUAUUGGGCUGAAGCUGAGAGUUUCAAACCGGAGAGAUUUCUUAAUAACCCAAUUGAUUUCAAAGGCACAGACUUUGAAUACUUACCAUUUGGUGCUGGAAGGAGGAUGUGUCCAGGUAUAGCGUUUGCUUUACCCAAUGUUGAGUUGCCACUUGCUAUGUUACUUUACCACUUUGAUUGGAAGCUUCAAAAUGGAAUGGAGAACGAAGAACUUGACAUGAAUGAGUCAUUUGGAUUUUCUCUAAGAAGAAAAAGUGACCUCUGUUUGAUUCCUAUUACUCGUCGUUCUUAAUAUGUACUGUAUUUCCUAGUUUAAGUUUAAGCAUACAAUCUGUCAAUAAAGUUAGAGCAUACAAGUUCACAAAGAGUUUUAUGUUUCCUUA